UUUGGGUUUCCUGUGGUAUUGACGAUCUUUCAAAUUUGCGCAGGCGCAUUUCAUUAGAAGUUUCAAGAUGGCGUCCUUGUAGGUUCUUGUGUAAAGAAAGUUCGACAUUUUAGCUCGGAAUUUAGACUAAUAUUUUAGAACAAGACGUCUAAAAUGUCACUUGUAGCUUACGGAGAUAGUAAUGAUGGAUCAAGUGAUAGCGAAGGAGAAGGAAACACUAAUUUUCCUCCAAAAACAUCGUCGUUUUCCGCUUGUGAACCUUCGACUUCAUCUGCCAAACGUGUAGAAGAAACUACUCCUUCUACUUCUACGGCCUCCGAAGACGUAACUUUGACUAAUUCUGGUAAUCGUUCACGUCUAUCAUCGCUAUUACCAAAGCCAAACAAUCCAAACAACGCCACAGCAGUUUUAAGAUCGAAUUUCUCGACUCUUGACACUCAAAACCUCGAUGAAGAUGAGGACGAGAUUAUAGAGGUCGAAGAGGAGUAUGUUCCUUUAAGUCAAAUAAAAAAAGAUAAAAAGACUCCAGUAAGUGUGGCAAACGAAGAGCAGAAAUCAGUUGGAAGUUUGUUUUCGCGUAUGCCUUCUCCCUGGUCGUUUGGAACAGGAAUUUCUGUUGGUAAAAAGAAAGGUUCUGAAGAUGAUGAAGAUGAUAAGAGUAGAAAAAGAAAGCAGCCAGUCAGAAUUGUGGCUCCUACAAUCAGUGAGGAUGAUUUAGAUGAUGAUGAUGAAAAAGAACCUACUGCCAAGAAGCCCAUGAAAUCAAAAACUGGUUCAGGUCUCUCUUCACUUCUUCCAAAACCAAGACACAGCAUCACUACAACCUCAUAUAACCCUAACAAACCCAUAGCUAAACUGUCCAACAGACCUCUCAUCCCACAUACACUCACCAAAAAACCAGCACCGGCAAAGAAAAAUGCUAAAAAAGGAAAAAAAUCAGAAGACGAUGGAAGUGGCGAUGAAGAUGAUGGUGAGCCAGUUGCCUUCUUCRGCUUUAGUGAGAAAAAGAGUGUCAUAGACACAAAUGUACCAAAAGACGUUAAGAAAAUUAAGUUAGAGACGUCUGUGAUGAGUGUGAACAUUCUGGGAGAUGAAAAUCCAAUAGAUGUGCCGAAAACACAUAAUAAAUCAGAGACAAUUACGGGUAGCCUUGAAGUUAACAGUACAGAGUACAGUGCUCCUAUGAGUUCUGGGAAACCUGGGGUAGAGAGUGCCCAUGCUUCAGUAUCAUAUGUAGGAGAAGGAAGUCCUUAUGGAAGUACAUCAGCUGUUUCUCAUUACUACGAUACUAGUGAAGGUGCUUCUACGACUUACUAUCAGCCAACAGCAGGUCCUAGUCAACAAUAUUCAGGAUAUGGAGCAUAUAGUGAGAAUCCUGGAUAUUAUGAUGCUGAUGGGACACAAGGAAUGUAUAACCAGACAUAUGGAGGUUAUGCUCAAGAACAGACUAAUGAGCAGACAGAUGAUAUUGAUAUGGAAAAGUUAAAAAGAUUACAAGGUAAAAGAAAUUGUAACGAACAGAUCAACAUCAUAGAUAUCAAUGCGGCUGACCAGACUGGUGACACCCAGCUACAAAUGACAAAAAUAACCUCUGAACAGAUUGCUCAUCGUCCUUCCAAGAAAAAGGGCAAUAUGCCAUCAUCACAGCAACGCAGAAAACAUCAAAUCACCUACUUAGCAUUUCAGGUAUGUCAGCUUGACAAUGCACUGAAAGUUAGUUGUGUUUGGCAGCAUAAAAAUUGAAAAUACAACCUUUAUAGACUAAAUAUCUAUUUUA